CUCGUACAGUAUCUUACAUCAUUGCAGGAAGUGGAAAGUAAAAAGCAUCCCUCUGGAUAAACAAGGACCCACUUUUGGCAUCUCCACCGGCCUUGUGCGUGCCCCCGGGCCGUUAACUGAAAACAACCGGCGCAGGAGAGUUCACCGAGGCCGUGCGUCCCGGGUUCCUCUCGUGCUGCAGGUUUUUUUCUCUCUCUUCUCUUUUUCUAUUAUUCUUCAAUGGGACUCCUGGUGUAACUCCUCUGGCUGAUAAAAGGUCGGCGCUAGGACCCGGGAGGCGCCCAGCGCCUCAGCGGCUCAGCAGCAGCAGCAGUUUGGGAGGUGUAGUGGAAGAAAAGGCAAGAGAGAAACGGAGUAAAUGAGUGCGCUUCUGUCCACAUUGUUGAAGGACUUAUCAACUUCAAACACUUUCGAAACACCUCCCUAGAAUGAGACGGACACGCUGUUGAGCUCCCGGCCAGGUUCCACUUGUUAAAAGGACACCACUGUGGCUGCGAGCGCGUCCUCCUCAGAUUGGGCCAUAAAGCACGAGGAUCCUCUCACUUCCGCCGCCUCCACUCUACGUUGUUGACCUGAGGGUUACCACCAUUGAGAAGGCAGCUUUAAACCCCAGGACCCCGUCUCCAGGCUCCUGCACAGGGCUGAGUGAAGGAAGCAGCAUUGUCUCUCUCCCUGUGGAAAACCUGGAUCCUCCAUCUAGUCCACCAACAUGACCAGUGUGGUGAUCGUCAAGGAGGGAUGGCUGCAUAAAAGAGGAGAAUACAUCAAGACCUGGAGGCCAAGGUAUUUUCUGCUGAAGAGUGAUGGUACAUUUAUCGGUUACAAAGAACGACCACAAGAUGUUGACCAGCUGGAAACCCCCUUAAAUAACUUCUCUGUAGCACAGUGCCAGCUGAUGAAGACGGAACGGCCCAAGCCCAACACAUUUAUCAUCCGCUGCCUGCAGUGGACCACUGUCAUCGAGCGCACCUUCCACGUGGAGACCCCCGAGGAAAGGGAAGAAUGGACCAAAGCCAUCCAGGCAGUAGCUGAAGGCCUUCACAAACAAGAGGAGGAGAUGAUGGACUCCUCUCCAGACCCCAUGGACAUGGAGGUCUACCUGACCAAACCCAGACACAAAGUGACUAUGCACGACUUUGAAUACCUCAAACUCCUGGGAAAAGGCACUUUUGGCAAAGUUAUUCUGGUAAAGGAGAAGGCCACAGGACGCUACUAUGCUAUGAAGAUCCUAAAGAAGGAGGUGAUCGUAGCGAAAGAUGAAGUGGCGCACACACUCACAGAAAACAGAGUCCUCCAGAAUUCAAAGCAUCCGUUCUUGACUGGACUGAAAUACUCUUUCCAAACACACGACCGCCUGUGUUUCGUCAUGGAGUAUGCAAACGGUGGUGAGCUUUUUUUCCAUCUGUCAAGAGACCGGGUGUUCUCAGAAGAGCGAGCUCGGUUCUACGGUGCAGAGAUAGUGUCGGCACUGGACUACCUGCAUGCUGAGAGAAACGUGGUUUAUCGAGAUUUAAAGCUGGAAAACCUUAUGCUGGACAAAGAUGGACACAUAAAGAUCACAGAUUUUGGUCUGUGUAAGGAGGGCAUCAAAGACGGUGCCACCAUGAAAACUUUCUGUGGGACACCAGAGUACCUUGCACCUGAGGUCCUGGAAGACAAUGACUACGGCCGUGCUGUGGACUGGUGGGGUCUCGGGGUGGUGAUGUACGAGAUGAUGUGCGGCAGGCUGCCCUUCUACAACCAGGACCACGAGAAGCUGUUCGAGCUCAUCCUCAUGGAGGACAUCCGCUUCCCCCGGACCCUGGGCCCCGAGGCUCGGUCCCUGCUCUCCGGUCUUCUGAAGAAAGACCCGAUGCAAAGGUUAGGUGGAGGACCUGAUGAUGCAAAGGAAAUCAUGCAGCACAAGUUUUUUGCUGGGAUUAAUUGGCAAGAUGUUUAUGAAAAGAAGCUGGUCCCGCCGUUUAAACCCCAAGUUACCUCAGAGACGGACACACGAUAUUUUGACACGGAGUUCACAGGACAAACCAUCACCAUCACGCCACCCGGACAAGAUGACAGUAUGGAGUUUUUUGACAGCGAGCGACGACCCCACUUCCCCCAGUUCUCCUACUCUGCCAGUGGGACAGCCUAAAACGACUCAAACAUUCCUCCAUUCCCACCCCGACCC